AUGACACUAUUCGGCCGUGAGGUGUCCUCGAAUGAGGAUGAGUGGGUUGACCGCCAUGGCAUGAAGAGAAUGGUGCCGAUGGAGCUGCUGGUGCUGGGCAUGCCACGCACAGGGACAUCGUCGACGGUUGCAGCUCUUCGGAUACUCGGAUACGACGACGUCUACCACAUGACCUCCUGCAUCGAGAACCCUCCCGACUCCGACAUAUGGCAGGAGGCUAUCGCUGCGAAGUGGCAUGGGAAAGGCAAGCCCUUCGGGCGCGAGGAGUUUGAUCAAGUGCUAGGAAACUGCAUGGCCGUAACAGACUGGCCGUGUUCUGCCUUUGCCAAGGAGCUCAUCGAGGCGUAUCCUGAAGCGAAAGUCGUGCUUACCAACCGUGAUCCUGCGGCGUGGUACAAGUCCGUCGAGAGCACCAUAGGUCAAGCCAUAAUAUCGAAGACCCUCACCGUAGCAACGUACAUCGAUCCCGGAUUCAUCGGCCGCUGGAUACCUAUGUGCCGCGCCAUGUGGUCGGCCUUCUACGGUGGCGCCACGCUCGAUCCGACAAUCCUACAACGGCGUUUCGUGGAGCACUAUGAGGAGGUUAGGACGCUGGUGCCGAAGGAGCGUCUAUUGGAGUACAAGGUUGGCGAAGGAUGGGACAGGCUAUGCGAGUUUACUGGGAAGGAGAUACCGGAUGUGGAUUUCCCCAGAGUGAACGAGACGAAGGAAUUUGGGGCAACCAUGGACAAGAUGGUCAAGGGUAGGUUCCAGAAUUUCUUUGCGAAGGCGGCAAAGGUCGUAGCGCCCGUUGCUGUGCUGAGUGUUGCGAUGUACGCUCGAUCAAAGGCGAUCAUAUAA